UCAGAGAGGUAUUAUUUUGGGUCCAUCCCUGACUCGCUGAAGAAAUCACAUAAGCCUGGGAUGUUAUUAGGAAUCCUGAGUGUGUGAUAUAGUUGUAUAAGAGCCUGAUGUAGAUGUGAAGAAGGAAUUGAACUGAGUAGCCAGAGCAACUAGAGUUUCCCUUUAAGAGAACUUUAAAGGGAAAAGUGAAAAUCCCACCAGAGCACUUCAGAAUUAAACUAGAAGAAAAAUUAAUUAGUUUCCAUAAGACAAAAAUGUACUUCAAGAAGUUUGAACAGGGUAUCUGGCACUGCCUUGCAGUUACUGUAAUGUGCCUGAAGUCCCAUCGUACUUCAACCUGUCCUCUGGGUGCCUGCUUCUCUGUGGUGAAAAAGGGUCUUGAAUCUUUGAACUGCCAGAAAAGCUCAUAUUUCCUUUGUACAUCUGGGUAUUUAUCUGGGGCAGGGGGUGGGACGCUUCUUACUGUGCAGUUUUUAGAUCCAUGUGGCUGAUCGUAUGUGGACACCUGACAGAUCUGUCUCAUUCAUGCUUCACUCACUCGGGAUGUAGGGACUGUCACCCUCACGCUCGACAGCUAUUCUGUAGUGCCCACUCUUCCGUAGCUUCACACUCUUCUCACCUUUCAGAGUGUUUUAUUGGUUAGAAAUCUGGAACGAUGGGCGACUGGAGCUUUCUGGGGAGACUGUUAGAGAACGCGCAGGAGCACUCCACGGUUAUUGGCAAGGUUUGGCUGACGGUGCUGUUUAUCUUCAGGAUACUGGUGCUGGGGGCCGCUGCUGAGGAGGUCUGGGGAGACGAGCAGUCAGACUUUACGUGCAACACUCAGCAACCUGGUUGUGAAAAUGUUUGCUAUGACAAAGCCUUCCCCAUUUCUCACAUCCGCUUCUGGGUGCUGCAGAUCAUUUUUGUCUCCACUCCAACCCUCAUCUACCUGGGCCAUGUGCUGCACAUUGUACGCAUGGAGGAGAAGAGGAAAGAGAAAGAAGAGGAACUGAAAAAGAAGGGAAGCGUCAAAGACAACAACUACCCAGGAGCAGCAAUGUCUGGCAGUCGUGGUGGAGGCAGCAAUAACGCCAAGGAUCCUCCUGCCAAAAGGGGGAAGGAGAAGCUGCCAAUUCGUGACGAGCGCGGUAGAAUCCGUAUGGGGGGCGCACUACUCCGUACCUACGUCUUCAACAUCAUUUUCAAGACACUCUUUGAGGUGGGCUUCAUUGUGGGCCAGUACUUCCUAUAUGGCUUUGAGCUAAAGCCAGUCUACCAGUGCAGCCGCCCACCUUGCCCACACACCGUGGAUUGCUUCAUCUCACGGCCCACUGAGAAGACCAUCUUCAUCAUCUUCAUGUUGGUGGUGGCCUCUGUCUCCCUGCUGCUGAACAUGCUUGAGAUAUAUCACUUGGGGUGGAAGAAGCUCAAGCAGGGCAUGACGAGCCAGUACAGCCUUGAGAUGCCGAUCACAACACUGACACCGGUCAUGGUAACAGGGGAGACCAAACCCGUGUCCCUGCCGCCGCCGGCACCACCCGUGGUGGUAACAACCACGGCACCCCCUCCUGUUCUGCCUGACACCCGCGCUGUCACGCCGCUGCUGGCCCCGGUGACCAUGGCACCGUACUACGCUGCGGCUGCUCCCAGAGCGCGGCCCCCCUCCAACACGGCCUCAGUGGCAAGCUACCCCGUGGCUCCACCAGUUCCUGAGGAGAGGCACCGUGCCAUCACCCCCACGCCCGUCUCCACUCCUGUCACCAUCCCGACGCCCAUCCCCACGCCUACGCCGGCCGUCAUCAACUACUUCAAUAGCAAAAACCAUGCCCUGGCAGCUGAGCAGAACUGGGUCAACAUGGCAGCCGAGCGGCAGGGGAAGGCUCCUUCCAGCUCGCCGGGCUCCUCCACCCCCAGCAGCGUCCGGCGUCCCCUCCCAGAGCAGGAAGAGCCACUGGAGCAGCUUCUCCCACCCCCAGCCGGGCCACCCGUCGCGGCGGCCAGCAGCAGCAGCAGCACCAGCCUGAGCGGGGCGAGCGGCACCAAGUGGGACGUGGAGGGUGAGGAGGAGCUGGCGGAGGAACGGCCCGUCUCGGCCGCCUGCACCACCGUGGAGAUGCACGAGCCGCCGCUGCUCGUCGACACGCGGCGCUUGAGCAGGGCCAAGCCCGAUGGCAAACACCAGGAUGGCAUAUUGCCUGUUGGCACCCGUCACCUCUAUGGAACAACUUGCCAUGUUAAAGACCAAGGCGACGGCAGUCUCUUCCGUAUAACACAGCUUAAUGAAGCCUUUGUGCUCAUGGCAAGUUGCCAGUGUGAUCCUCUUGGCUGGGCAAAGUUUAGGUAACCCCUGUAAUAGAUUUUAUCACUUUGAAGUUCAUCUUUCUCCCUUUUAAUUUUUUUUUUUUUUUUUUUUUUUUUUUUUACUCUUGACCUGUUAGGAAGUGUUCAGUUUGACCUUCUAUCCAGUGUUUGCCAACCAUGAUCACACCAUUUUUUUUAAGCCCACAAAUACAUUUCAGCAUGUUUGAUUAUAAUUUUAGAUGGCUUCUGAAAUUGCUUAGCAGAGGACAGGAAUGUAAACCACACACCUCAGAAAUGAUUACACAGAACAAUUUCUCUUCAGAAAGCAAGGAUUAUGAUUUCAAGACAUUGUGGCCCCAUACGUUGCCUGUGGACAAACAAUAGGAUGAAGUACAGCUCUGCAUUUUAGACUAUUAGAUACCAGCUUAAGUUUGUUGAAAAAAAGUUUUUUAGAAGUAAACUUGAGUGCAUAUUUUUAAGUAUUUAAACAUUUUUAGAGUAAUUUUGAUCUGUAGGUUUAAACUUACUUGGAUGUGUACUUACUCAUUUUAGUUUUGAUUUUUGAUCUUACAAGAAAAUGUAAGGGGAAAGAAACUUAACUAAUGGUGAAAGUCCCAAAGCAACAUUAUUUCCUGUUAUGAUCUACCCUGUCCUUUAACAUCAAUCUGUAGUGUCUGACAAGUCCGUAAAAACAGAUUUAGACAACACUAUAUUGCAGAAAAGGUGGCUAAAAUAUCUGGGCAACAUGCUAGUGGCUAAAGGGUCUGUUUUGAUCCCACUGAAGUCACUUGCAGAAUUUCCAUUCAUUUUAACAAGGAGCAAGAUUUGGGGAUGGAUCUCGCAGGCCUUAUUCAAUCAAAACUAAAAUUCAUACGGAGUUUUGGGAGCCAGAAGGAGUGUAGAUUUGGGGCCUUAGAUAAAGACAUUAAAAUCCUGCUUUUGAAAAUCGUGCAUUUCCCUUAAAAAACGGGUGGAGGAAACUGCUGGGUACUUUUUUCUAAGGUGCAGCUUUCCUUUUAACUGACUUAGUCCUCCUAUCCUUUGUAACAAGUACUCUCGCAGAAAUCAGUCGGAAUUUUGCAUGCUUGGUAAGGCUUGUAAGAGUUUGGGUACAAAGGAACACAGGAUUAGGCCCAACUUCUGUUCUAAGCAAAAUCCAAAGGAACUGAAGCUCAGAGUCGGUCCUAUGGCUGCUGUCAAUUGGAAGCACUGUAACUGGAGAAGAGCAGUCAAACACACUGGCAUAGCCCCUUGCAUGGUCAGAGUAUUUGGCCUGGCAGUGCAGCCCUUCCUCAGGCGAAGCAGGGUCACCCCGUAGCAAACACUUAAAAUUGCCAGUUACUCUGCUGUUAAAUGUUUUCCUCAACGUGUUUAUUUUAUUCGACAAUUAAAAUAUGUUCCCACCACUCAAGAUGAAAGAUUUUUUUUAACUCCUUUCGAAUAGACAGAAGGAGUUUCUCAUGGUCGGAGGCACCGUUCUGCAACCCUUGGGUGUGCUGUCUCGUGACUUCUUGACCUGCUUGUAGUGAAGCAGGUGAGAAGUCUUUCUGCUGCCACGGAUCUUGGGGCAGACACUGCAUUAAAAGUCAAUGUACGGCAGUACAAUAAAUAUAUCUACUAUUAGGUGUUCAGCUUCGGGCAUGCUCUUGUGAAUUUUCUGUGUUAUAAGCCAUAAAACCCCUUUCUGCAAGAAAGCUAAAAGCUAAAUCCUGCUCUGUGUUGUUUUCCUGCAACUGUGCUGAACGUAGAGGUGAUACAGUUGCCUAGAUGUAAACGAAGGCGGAAUUUAGCACUCAAAAAUUUUAGCCGUAUUAGCAUCUAUAGUAGCAGUUUUUAAGUUUUGGUAAAUGCCAAAUAAUUAAAUUGCUGCAAGAAUGCAAUAUGCAUCUCUGUGUUUUAGUACACCAGAACUCAUGGGCUGUAUUUUCCUUUCCUUUAUGCUUCUGAAGAAUGAAGCCAAAGUCUCUCUGGAGUGUGUUUCUCUAAACCAGACCAACUGGAAUAUGUGCUUUUUUUAUCGAGGCCUGAGAGCAAAACUGACUUUUUGUUUGAUGGAGCCCUGUAUCUUGCAGUCUGUAACUUACUGCAGCCCUUAGAGAGUGUCCCCUGCAGGACUGCAUCCAUAUUGUAUAUAAAGAAAUAAGAAGAGAGAGAGUUUUAACUUAGGAUCAACUGAUAUCUAGUCUGCCUUUUUGAAUUAAUGUGUGUGGUUAGGCCUGCGGAGAGUUUGGGUGCUUUUGUGGAAUAUAUGGUAUUUUCAGGCAGAGUAACUACUGCCGGAAAGCUGUCAAAGAUCUUUUUUUUCCUUUUUUUCUUUUUUUCUUUUUUUUUUCUUUCUGUUCUGUUAGGUUCAGGGGGAGAAAAAAAGUCUUUUGUAGUCCCUAAGAGAAAUCUGACAGAGCAGAUCCACAUCAAAGCAAUACUAGUCUGAGAAAGCAAAGCUACAACUCACAGGUUGUGCUUUUAGGAUCACCUUGUUUAAGUUCCACCAAAUAACUCUACAGUGUCAAGCUUCUUGGUUACCUACAAUUUCAUUUGGAGUCCAGUAAUUGUUUCUUCAUUUAAGCCCAGGUAACUGUUUCGGCUGAACUCCCCUUUAGUGCUUACCAUUCCUUUUAGUUGCCGUAUCAUGUUUGGGAUCUGUUGGAAAAAAAAAUCCCAUUGAUGUGGCAGAUUUUGAAUACUUUAAUUAAUCUUUGCUCAUGAAUUAUCAUUGAAUUCAACAUAUGUGAGUAAAGCAUAAGGACCAAACUCCGGAUUUGUCCUAAUGCACAGUGUUAAAAUAAGACUACAGAUACUACAGAUCUUAAUUGGGAACUAAUGGAAAAAUUAUGAUAGGGCCCAAUCCUUUUCACUCUUUUCCUGAAUAAGAAUUACAGAUAGAAAUUAUUUAGUGUCUAAUAAGAUAUUUUCAGUACAUAGGUAUUAGUUAAUGUAUCAAAAGGUGAGUGUUUCAAUGAUUAAAGGUAUUUGCCCUGUUUUGGUAUUAAAAAAGAUUAGUUUGCUAUCUUCCGUAAUUCUGGAAAAAAUGUACAAACACUGACUAACUUGCAGAACAGAGUCUGUUGGCAAAAAUAUCUGUUAAUUUUCAAGUUUUUUACUCUUAGACAUUAGUUAAUCCCAAAGAGGGGUCUGGUAGCAAAUAGUACUUUGAUUUAGCCUGCUCACAUGGCCAUUCAAGCCACAGUCCUGAAAGAUUGUAUUCACACCCCCAACCUGAAGCCAGUUAUUGCAGAAGAGGAACAGAAUCAUGCCUGAUCAAUCAACCAAACAAAACAACAACUCAAUUUUUUUUGCUCUUUUAAUAGAAUGUGGGAAGAUUGUCUUAACUAAAGUGAAAAAAAAAAUCUAAGGUAAACUAUAAAGAAGAGAAAAAGAAAAAACAACAAAAAAGAUAUUCUUUGAACAGGCUACCAGGUGUAUGAUGUGCUACUCUUUUUGCAGUGAGUCAUCUCCCUGUUACUAGUUGACCUUGCUUUGAGCAAGGGGGUUGGACUAGCUGACUUCCAGAGGUCCCUUCCAACCGCAGGAAUUCUAUGAAACACAUUUUUCAAAUCACUGAUGGCAACAUUACAUUCUUCAUAAUAGUUUUACAAAGAUGUAAUAAAAAUAUAUCUAUAUUGCACAUAAAUACAUAGUUUCUUGGCCAUGGGCACAGUUGAUCUGUUUUCUGUCACUGAGCUUUUUAAUUAGUGCAGCUGUCAGUUAAUAGAAAAGAAAACCAAGUACAGAUGAUUUAAAACCACACAUUUCUUCUCUUUCUAUUUUGAUUAAAUGAAAACAGCUUGCUAGGAACUUCCCUUUAUAAAAGUGGUAUAUUUUGUCUAUGAAAAUCAAUCUCUUGGUUUUUCAUAGAUAAAAAAAAGUGCUCCUUGAAUUUGUUGGUCCAUGCUGGCAUUGAAAAAUCCUAAAUCCUUGAAAAUAAGUAGUAUCCACUGAUGAAGUAGAUGAGCUGUGUUCUUCUCUGGUGUAAUUUGGAAGCCAGUUGUGUGCAAAAUGGUUCCAAGGAUUGAUUUGGCUCAGUAUAUUUGUCACUUAUAAAGGCACAUGGAGCUAAUUAAAUGUCUGACAUUUUGCAGCUCUUGAGAUUAUUUUCUGGUAUGAAUACAUAAGUGUAGGAUCGGUAAAAUAAUUAAGGCAAGCUUUAAAACUCAGAUGAAUACUUAGGUCCUUUUUCGGUGAUUCAUGGGACCACUCCCUCUGCUGAUGCGAAUUGUUGCAUUCCGCUGAGUUUGUGUGAGUGAUAACAGUCUGCAAAAGCUUGUCUGCAAAAGCAGAACAUUGAGCCCUCAGCUUAUUUUAUUUUUAUUUUUAUUUUUUUUUAAUACAUACACUAACACCAUGGAUUUGAACAGGCUGGCUUUUUUUAUUCCCAAAUGUUUUUGUUUCAUUUACUUUGAUUUUUCUUGUGAAAAGUGUGCUCUUGUAAUUUUGAUUUUCUGAAGUUUACAUUCAGUUUUUGAUUUCAGAUUGCACAUUUGGAUGAAAUUGUUUUCCAAGUUUACAUUUGUAUGAGAAGUAAAAGAACGACUCUGCCAAAAUCUUAAACCUAAAAGUGAAAUGUCAGAAGUGUCUUACUCUAACACAGGAACUCUUCAGACAUAAGGCAGUACCAUUAAAGAAAAUGAAACCUGAUCACUGAUCUAUAGCAUCAGUUUUCUCUGUAUGUUUAAACUAUGGGAGCUGGAUAUAUAGGGAGCACACUAUGGAAAAAGAUACUUUCCACCAUAAACUUAAUUAUUACCCAGUAAAUUCAUUACUAUUGAAUUAAGUUCAUUAUUAUUGAUACGCCUUCUUGUGUGUGUAGAGGUUCAAUGACAAAAACUAGCUGUGGCAUAUGUCUUUUUAAAGCUAAAUUUACAGCCUGCUUUAAAAUUCCAAACAAACUACUCGUGGAGAAACACUGCACUGUUACACGUAGAUUUUGCAAAAAGGUAAAUGUUUUGUUUUCUAGCCAACAAUAUGGUUCUGAGCCUGCAAAUGCAAUUUCAUCCAAGUUAUUUUUACUCUUGCAAAUAAGAUCAUUAAAGGUAAUGGGACUAUUUGCAUAAGCAAAAAACACUGAUGUGAAAAAGAAAUUGUAGAUUUGCAUUUUAAGUUCAUUGUAAGAUGCCAAUCAAAUUCCAGAAGUUUUCGUCCUUGAAGAGUUAUGCAAGAAAUGUGAACGUACUUUAAGAUGGAGAAUAUAUUCCUGUUCCCAUUGACACUGUUUCUCACAGUUAAAGGGUUGUAAAGCAUAAGAAAGCUUACUCAGAGCUUUCUUGUUGCUUACUGGAUGUUUGUCUUUUACAUGACAGAACCUGACAACAAACAUAAGUUUUCUGGGCCAUCAGGGACUUAUAAUAACCAUAAAAGCAGUAAACAGUUAAAAAGUGCUGUCUUCAAAGAAGUGCCUUGUGUAUUAAACUCUGUAAGAAACGAGUUGAUGUAAAUGUUAAUUUACCUCAAAUGUUUACAAAAUCUUGACUAAAUAAACUUUUUGU